AUGCCUCAUGGUCCCGAGGCACCAAUCGGCAUCAAAAAUGUGCUUGCAUUUUGGGUUCUUGGUCUGUGCAACAAUUUCGCAUAUGUUAUUAUGCUGAGUGCCGCCGAAGAUAUAUUGUCAUUGGAGGAAGGAAGCACGUCGGAUAAUAGUACUGGAAAAGAGUACAGUUGUUUGGUAACCCAAAACAGGCCAUCAUCAGUGCACUCAGAUAUCGACAGGCUCUGUCCUACUGGCCGAUAUACUUCCUGCUUUAUUCAUCAAAGUUUCAUCGCCGUUUAUCAUGAAUCGAGUGCCCUUUGGGUAAGUGUGGUCGUCGCCAGUAUUGGUUCUGGUCUUGGUGAGGUCACUUACCUGUCGUUAACUUCCCACUUCUCAAAUCGAGUGGUAGCUUCAUGGUCUUCCGGAACCGGUGCUGCUGGUAUUUUCGGAGCAUUUGCAUAUGCUGCACUAACGGAUUCUCAUAUGUUAUCUUUAUCCCCUCGUCAUACUCUAAUAUGCAUGCUAGUAAUCCCCGUCCUAUUUUUGCUAACGUACUAUUGUCUUUUAGAACUGCCAGUGUCUAUUCAUCGGGUACGUCUUACGUCUCCAUCAACAUACCUUGUUCCAAUUACAGUUGAUUACCGAAGGUUACCAGUUUGCGAAAACUCCAGUGACGAAGAAGAUCGUCCAGAAAUAGAAAAUGAAACAGAACCGCUGAGGACUCCAAGACCAUCUUUCAAGGAGAAGGUCAUAGAAAACUCUAUCAUGCGCAAAUCCUGCCUUAACUUCACUUUGGCUAUGAGGGGCUAUAUCAUUGAAGUAUCUAAUUAUCACUUAUUACUUGCACCUUUUCAUUUAAUGCUUGUCAAAUCUCUUCGUUUCUUGUUUUAUCUGCAUUUUCAGCCGCUGCUGAAGUUUAUGAUUCCAUUGUCUGUCGUGUAUUUUGCAGAAUAUUUCAUUAAUCAAGGGCUGGUUCAGUUGCUUGUGUUCGACUGCGCUAGCGGCUUUAAUUUGGGACCGUCAAGCCAGUACCGAUGGUACCAGGUACUUUAUCAAAUAGGUGUUUUCAUUUCCCGUUCAUCUUCAGAAUGCAUCUCACUUCCGCCCAUAUUUCUUCCGCUUCUAGCAGUCUUACAGAUGUUUAAUGCUGGUUUCUUCUUCGUUGAUGCAUUGCGACGUUUUAUACCACAUAUAGCAAUUAUUUUUGGAAUCGUCCUUUAUGAGGGAUUAUUAGGUGGAGCGUCCUAUGUCAAUACGUUUAACGUAAUUCAUAAGACAGUGAGCGCUAGAGACAGAGAAUUUAGCAUGGGUUUCGCUUCCAUGUCCGACUCUUUCGGCAUUGUUGCUGCUGGUUUCCUCGCUAUUCCAGUUCACAAUUAUAUCUGCAAAACAUCUGUAAUAUAA